AAGAACAACCAGUUCCCUUAAGCAAAUCCAUAAGCCAGAAUUAAUCACAGCUCCUUCAUUUCCUUCCCUUCUGUGUUAACUAAGCCAUCUGCUUCACCAUGCUAGGCAUAGCACAAAAUACGGUGAGCAAGGUGACCUCAACUGUCACCAACAUUGAGGGUGAGCUCGGCUUGUUCACCAUGUCUGACCACAAAAUCUUAGAGCUCAUUUACACCAGCCAUGUCCAUGAGGACGACUCCUUUGACGUCGAUUCUCUUUUCUUGAUCACCGAAAACAUCAUCAAGCGUUCUACCCAGAUCGUCGAUAACAUCGUGCAGGGAACCCAGGUUCAUGUUGAAACCAUAGAUGAGAUGCCCCCAAAAGCCAGCUUCAGCUCCCCAUUGUGUACCCUCAAAUCAAUUGGUUGUGAGCUAUCUUGCAAGGCUCCAGGUGACGAGAUUGCCCACAAAUCAACACUUUCAAUACUCAACAAGCUAUCGACCUAUUCCUGGGAAGCCAAGGCAGUCUUGGCCUUAGCUGCCUUUGCUUUGGAAUAUGGUGAGUUCUGGCUCCUUGCCCAAAUCCAUCAAUCUGACCCGCUUGCGAAGUCUGUCGCAAUCCUUAAGCGAGUGCCCGUCCUUCUCAAGCCCGCUGACCUCCAGAAACGGCGCCAGGCAGUGGUUGAGCUUAACACUCUGAUCAAGACUACAUUGCAAGUGAUCGAGUGCAUGUUUGAGCUGGAGAAGCUUUCUACUUAUGAUCCAAAGGAUGUGCCUGCAUUGGCCAUUGCAAUGGACCAUAUCCCAGUUGAUGUCUACUGGUCUAUCAUAACCAUUGUUGCUUGUGCUACUAAAGUCACCCUUCUCACCAGUGAUGAGGACAAACCACACGAUUUAUCCCAAUAUUCUCAAAAGAUCCAUUACAUCCUAAACAAGCUUAAGAUCCAGCUGAUAAUCUGCAAGAAACAAAUAGAGGAGGCAGAGACCUAUAGGAAGCUGAGGAAACUUUUUCAGACCCCUACCGAAGUUAUGGAGGUGUUCAAGGCCCUGAUUUUCACCAAGGAUACAGUGCAGCCAAUCAUUGAUGGUUCGACUAACAAAACGGUUACCAUUGAUGUGCUGAGGAGGAAGUAUGUGUUGUUGUUCAUUUCAAGCCUUGACAUUUCUGAUGAUGACAUUGCAAUUCUCAAACCAGUUUAUGAGGGAAUAAAGAAAGAAGAUAAGUACAAGAUUGUGUGGAUUCCCAUUGUGGAGCAAUGGACUGAUGAGCUACGAAAGAAGUUUGAGAUCUUGAGGACUAAGAUGCCAUGGUACACAGUGCAGUAUUUUUCACCAGUUGCAGGCAUCAGGUUUAUCAAGGAAGAGUGGCACUUCAAGGGUAAGCCUGCAGUGGUGGUAAUGAACCCACAAGGCAAAGUAGAAAACACCAAUGCUCUCCACUUGAUUCGAAUUUAUGGAAUGAAGGCAUUUCCUUUCCAUAAGGGCAUAGAAGACACUUUUACUAGUGACAAAGAGUGGAUCACCCCCAUUGUGAAUGAUAUUCACCCAACCAUUCAGACAUGGAUCAAGGAGGAGAAGUACAUUUUCUUCUAUGGAGGCAAGGACAAUGAAUGGAUCCAGCAAUUCACAAAGAAAGCAACUGCCAUUGCAAAUGAUCCUUUUAUUAAGGAACUUAAGAUCAACAUUGAGCUGUUUUGUGUUGGUAAGAGCGCAAAAGGAGGUGAAGACCUUGGGAUUCUCGGACGUUUCUGGAGCGGCAUUGAGAGCUUGUUCUUCACCAAUGUCAACAAGCAAACGGACACUGUCACCAAAGAAGUCCAGAAGCUACUUUCCUAUAAAAAUGAGAGUGGAUGGGCCGUGCUUAGCAAAGGGUCUACUGUGGUGGUCAGUGGUCACGGCUUCACAAUCUUGAAGGUGCUCGAGGACUUUGAGAGAUGGAAGGAGCUUAUCAAGGAAAAGGGCUUUGAGGUCUCAUUCAAAUCGUACCACGAUAAGGUGAUUCAGACCAUGAAGCACUGUGUCCGCCUUGACAUUCCAAGUGUUGCAGGAAAGGUUCCGGAGACAAUGAAGUGUCCCGAGUGUCCUCGCACCAUGGAGACCUAUGUGAGCUACAAGUGUUGCCACACUGAUGGUCCUAUUAACGCGCAUCAUUAGAUCUAUGGUUUGCUUUUGAGAGACUGAGAGGGUGUCUAAUGCCACUAUAGCUAGCUGGUACGAGGGAUAAGUGUUAUGCUUUGUUUUGUUUGUCCAGUGUCAUCGUUUGUACAAUAAUAAUGGGCAUUAUCAUUACGUUGGUAAUGUGUUGUCCGCCUAUGUGAGUCUGAUUUGUGUGUUUUCAAUACUAGAGGUACUAAAAUCUUAUGU